GGGCAGGGAGCAGGGCAGUGCUGCCAGCUGGAUGUGGCCCUGGGCUCUUCAUGCCGCUCACUUUCUGGCUCCUAAUGCAGAGAGGUCCAGGAUGAGGCAGGGCCUGUGUGUGCUGAAGUAGGGCUGGGUGCUUGCACCUCCCUGGAAGAUGCUCGGGGCCUCAAAAAGAAUCCGGCCCCUCCUGAGAUUGGCAUGGCCACAGGGCAGUGUGGAGCCGAACCCAGGAAGGCAUUGAGUCUGGCUGAAGCUGGCCCUUCUUCAGUGGUGGCUUGAAGGAGCUUCUGCUCUCCCUGGGAUGUCCGUGCCCAGGGCCUGGCUGAGCUGUUUGUCCCCUGUCACCUUGCAGAGGGUGCAUAGCGGGGGGUGUUCAAGGCCACAGUGAUGGCUUCCCCCUUGCCAGCUUUGAUGUCGUGGCAGCAUCCCUGCCUGCCUCAGUAGGGUUAAAUCGGAUUCCCCGGCUAGGCUGGGCCGUUGCUGGAAAACAUUCCCCUCCCUCCCUCCUGGGGGACCCUCGGCCUGGGCUCGGUGCCAGGCCUGGAGCAGUUCCAAGCUUUCAGGGCGCAAGCAUGGCUGGGGCCGUGCAGAUGACAUGAUGCUUAUGGCCCCGGCUUUCUCCGUCUGCAGUCAGCCUCUGCGGGGGGAACCAGACCUUGCUCAGCUCAGCUAAUGGCUCUGGCUGCGCUCCCCAGUUCCUCACCUUCCUGGUGUGCCCUUCUCUCUGGGCACAGGUCCCCAGGGAUGCUCAGACACAUGGUGUGUGCAGUGCAGGCUGCUCCUGAGAGAUUUUGAACUUGUGGGGAGUUGGGGCUGUGCUGGUGUGGUGAUUUCAUGGGUGGUGAGCGCUUCCGGCAGCGCCGAGCAGCUGCUGAAACACCGGCACUCUCAAGCGUGUCCCAGCCGGGCUCUGCACCUGCAGAGGGGGCUGUGGGGGGCACCCAGGGUGCUGGAGAGGACAGGGAGGGGGCUCUGCGCUGCAGGGAGAGCUCGGCACUACACUGACCAGCCUCUUCUUCCCAUCCCGCAGGCUGGAGGAGGUGCCCUUGGAGGUGCUGCGCCAGCGGGAGUCCAAAUGGCUGGAUAUGCUCAACAACUGGGACAAGUGGAUGGCCAAAAAACACAAGAAGAUCCGGCUGCGGUGCCAGAAGGGGAUCCCGCCCUCACUGCGGGGCCGUGCCUGGCAGUACCUCUCCGGGAGCAAGGUCAAGUUGGAGCAGAACAUUGGCAAGUUUGAUGAACUGGAUCUCCUCCCAGGCGACCCGAAAUGGCUGGAUGUGAUCGAGCGGGAUCUCCAUCGGCAGUUUCCAUUCCACGAGAUGUUUGUCUCACGUGGAGGCCACGGGCAGCAGGACCUGUUUCGGGUGCUGAAGGCGUACACGCUGUACCGCCCAGAGGAGGGCUACUGCCAGGCCCAGGCCCCCAUCGCCGCUGUCCUGCUCAUGCACAUGCCGGCUGAGCAAGCGUUCUGGUGCCUGGUGCAGAUCUGUGAGAAGUACCUCCCUGGCUACUACAGCGAGAAGCUGGAGGCCAUUCAGCUGGAUGGGCAGAUCCUCUUCUCGCUGCUGCACAAGGUCUCGCCCGUGGCCUACAAGCACCUGAGCAAGCAGAAGAUCGAUCCCAUCCUCUACAUGACGGAGUGGUUCAUGUGCGCCUUCUCCCGCACGCUGCCCUGGAGCUCCGUCCUGCGUGUCUGGGACAUGUUCUUCUGUGAAGGGGUGAAGAUCAUCUUCCGGGUGGGCCUUGUGCUGCUCAAACACACUCUGGGCUCCUCGGACAAGCUCAAAUCCUGCCAGGGCCAGUACGAGACCAUGGAGAGGCUGAGAGCCCUCAGCCCCAAGAUCAUGCAGGAGACCUUCCUGGUGCAGGAGGUCAUCGAGCUGCCAGUGACGGAACGUCAGAUCGAGCGGGAGCACCUGAUCCAGCUGAAGAAGUGGCGGGAGACGCAUGGGGAACUGCAGUGCAAGUCCCCCCCGCGCCUGCACGGGGCCAAGGCCAUCAGCGAGGCCGAGCCCCCCACCCUCAAAGCGCUGGAGCCUGUCCCCUCCAUCAUUGUUCCCCCUGGGCCCGCUCCCGUGCCCAAGGCCCGCAAGAGCAAGGAGAAGAGCCGAGAAAAGGGCCCGGCCAGCCCCGCCAACGGCCCCGGGGCUGAGGGUAAUGGGGCGCCCGGCUCGGCCCGGGAGCUGCUGCACCCCCAAGUCUCCCCCCACCACCAGUCCAAGGAGAGCCUGAGCUCCCGGGAGAGCGAGGACACGUAUUUGUAGGGCCGGCGCGGCGCUGGGUCUGCACCCCGGGCAGCCGGGCUCAGCUGGGCUGCGCACGGACCCGGGCUCAAGGACACUGGCGGGGGCUAUGCGGGGACCGGUGGCGCCUGGCACUGGGGGCUCUGAGCUAGAGGGGUGGGGACAGGCAGGCUGGCAUGGCUUUGCAGGGACACCCCUCUCCCCAUGUGCGGGGAUGUUCGCUCAGGGGGUGCUCGGAGCCAGGGGGGCAUUCCUGGGAGCUUGGCCAGGUGUGGUGACCGAAGGGGGGGACACCUCCAGUCUGUGCUGGGUGCCCACCCCGGCAGGGUGCUGGCACCAUGAGCGGUGGGAGCCCUGGCAGGGGGUGGCUGAGCCACCUGAGCUCCCUCCCGAUGGCUGGGGGGGCUGGGCUGCCCCCUUGGGCCCUUGUCCCUGUCCCAGAGCCCCUUGACCCGCUGCCCCCAGGGUCCCUCCUGCAGCCCCCACCCUCCUGCCCACCCUGUGCCAGCUGGGCAGACCCAGACCCAGUUCCUGAGCACUUGUGCCUGGCGCAGGGGGGCUGGGGGUACGUGAGGAGCCAGGGGGACCCCUUGCCCCCCUCCUCUUUAUCUAGUGAGGAUAUAUCAAGCUGUAGCCCUAUAUGUAGUACCAAAUUUACCUACUCACUGAGCCUAUUUAUUAUUCCUCCGUGGCAGUAACCGUUGCAGGACAGGGACCGAGGUUGUGAGCUGCAGGCAGGAUGUGCUGGAGGCAGUGGGAUUUGAUGCCUGACUGUGGGGCUAAAGCCCCCCCCUGGCCCUAUCUCUGGGCUCCCCAUGGCUCAGGGGGAGCGUUCACCCUGCUAGGGUUCUCCCCACCCCUGCAGCCCGGCGGAGGUGAGAUGGGACGGGUGAGUGGCUGGGUGCUCCUCCGUUGUGGGGUCCCCUCUCUUCCCCUCUGCCCUCCCCAAGGGCCGGGGGUGGCUUUGUAAAAUAAAGCGGGGAAAAAUGGUUUUGUACAAAGGGGUAAAAUAAAGCAGGAUUGUGUAAAGGC